AUGAGCGAGACGGGAGGCACAUGGAGCAAAGAGGCGGUCCUCCAGGCCUUCGAAGAGGCCGGGAACCUCAAGUUGCUCGAACAUAUCAAUCUAUCGAACACAGAAAAGUGCACGGAGCAAGCUCCUGCCUACAUCUUUUACAUGCGGGGCCUCCAGUGCUCGCGCGACCCGCGUCUAGCUUACCACUUCUGGGCCAACUAUGCUGGUCGCCACCAGUUCCAUCUCUUUACGAGCCAGCGCAAGAGCGAGUGCAUAAACGCCUCCAUCUAUCUCUUUGUGCCGGACUUGGACGCUCUUGAGAAGAGCCUGGCGUCCGUUGCGGACGAACUGCAGGACACGCAGUUCGCCUUUGAGCGCUUCAAUCGCGGCGCGGAGACGACGCGUGAGUACCCGCAGGAGAAAUGGCACGAGCUGUUGGAUACGAUGAAGUACGAUCACCUCAAGGUGAAUGACCCGUAUGGGAACGAGUUGCGGCUCCACGUGACGCCUCGCAAUUACCACUCAAUCAACAUGUCAUUAGGGAAGACGUUGCCGGUUGCGAACGACACGGAAGGGGUGGCUCAAGGUCUCCCGUUUCUGCUGUACCCAUGUCGACCUGGCAUCGCCCAAGGCAUUUCACGCUUCUUUGAGCACUACUUGGGUGCCAAGACGGUCGUUUCGAAGAAGGAGGGCACUGAGAAGCUCUACCGCACAUCGGUAUUCUGUGGCCCGCUGCAAACGAUCGUCUUUGAUGAGCAGGAGGCUCAGCGGGACAAUAAGGGCGAGUACGACGGCCACCACGUGUGUAUCCACAUUGACCGCUUCAAGGAGUUCUACGACAAGGCGCACAAUGAUUCCAUGCAGUGGAACAACGAGCUGUUCUUUGACCGUUGCCACACCUGGUUGGAGGCCAACCGUGACCAGCAGUACCGUAUCUUGCACUUGGUUGACCCACUCGACAGGAAGUUUCUCAUGUCAUUUGAAAUGGAGAUCCGCUCGACGCAACACUUUCGCUAUCUCAUCCACCGCCGCGACGUAACUCCAGACGAGGAAGCUGCAAACGAGGUGCUCCGCAAGAAGAACUUGUAG